CCUCACACUUGACACAUACUACAAUACAAUACCAAUAAAGUUAAUUUGAAUAUAAAUGGCGGAAUACGGCAGGCAGACCGACGAGUACGGAAACCCGACCCGCCAGACCGACGACGAGUAUGGCAACCCGACCCGCAAGAACGACGAGACCGACGACCAGUAUGGCACCCGCAAGAACGAUGAGUAUGACAACCCGACCCGCCAGGCUGACAACGAGUAUGGCACCCGCAAGAACGACGAGUAUGACAACCCGACCCGACAGACCGACAACGAAUAUGGCACCCGCAAGAACGACGAGUAUGACAACACGACCCGACAGACCGACAACGAGUAUGGCAACCCGACCCGCCAGACUGACGACGAGUAUGGCAACCCGACCCGCAAGAACGACGAGACCGACGACCAGUAUGGCACCCGCAAGAACGAUGAGUAUGGCAACCCGACCCGCCAGACUGACGACGAGUAUGGCAACCCGACCCGCCAGACCGAGGAGUAUGGAAACCAUGUCCAACGCCCUGGCGGAGGAACUGACUCCUACGGAUCUACCGGCGGCAUGAAUCAUGGGACUCAGGGUGGAGGGAUCGGCACCGGCACUGGCACUGGAGGAGAGUAUGGUACUGAGGGUGGAGGAAUCGGCAUCGGCAUCGGCACCGGCACUGGCGGAGGAGAGUAUGGUACUCAGGGCGGCGCAGGAGAGUAUGAUACUGGAAUGGGGACGGGCGGUGGGCAGCACCGGCGCUCCGGAAGCUCGGAGGAGGAUGGGGAAGGAGGUAGGAGGAAGAAGGGGCUGAAGGAGAAGCUUUUCGGGGGCAAGAAGGAGGAGGAGCAGCAGAGCUAUAAUGAAGAGUAAGGAAUGAUGGAUAAGAUGAAGGAAAAGCUGCCUGACCACAAUUGAACAUAUAUACUACAUACACCUACAGCUUCACUUCAGUUGUAGUAUAAUAAUAAUGACAAUAAGCCGCCUGCUCUUCAUCUUCAUGUUUGAGGGAGCUGGCUUGGCCAUGUGUUGUGUCUCUCUGUCUGUACCUGUAUUUGUAUUUGUAUUUGUAUUUGGACAUGUCUUCUUUUAAGUCAACAUAAAUACUACUCCUCACUUUUCUUGCUGUUUA